AUGAUUGUUGGUAAUAUUUUAUUGAAAAUAUUUAAGAUUAUGAUACUGGGGCACUUGCUUGUGAGUAUUUUUCAGGUAGAGCUGUUUUUUUAUAAUCUAGAUGAAAGUAUCGAUUCAUGCACAGCAAUAAUUGCUGAAAUCAAUAAUUUAUGCAAAUUGUGA